AUGUGCUCCGAUUCGGAAGAAAAACGUCGCCGUUGCGGCGUUGCCUUAGUUGGUCCAAGGAAGGAGCGAAACCGAAACCCUAGAAAUCGAAUCAGCGACGUAUCUUCUUGGACGGGUUUUGAGAGACUAGGGCGUGUAAGAGUGAAAAAUAAGAGGGUUUUGGCUCUGAUAUUUGUAUACCUCUACACACACGCGAGAUUCUUCAGUGAUUCACACGUGAUUGUUAUGUGUGGGUUGAAGAAACAAGGACCCUUGAUUUGCACAGAAAUGAAAGAAUAUGUGUUUCACGCGCUCGAUGAAGAGUUAGGAUGUGUGUGA